AUGCUCCAAUGGAUAGCCUCCAGAAAUUUAUCCCAGUCACUUUUAUCCUGUUUGCCUCACUAACAGGUUUUGGCUUUGGUUAUUCUAUUAUAAAUGGCCCAGCUAAUGCAACAGUCCUAGCUGGUUCAGAGGCUCGGUUUAACUGUACUGUGUCACAAGGAUGGCAAAUUAUCAUUUGGCUUUUAAACGGGAAUGCUGUUCUCACGACAACUAACCCUGGAGGAGCUGUUGUAACAAUAGAUCGCUUCACUCAGCAAAAUUAUACCAGUGGUGAGACUUUUACCUCAGAGCUGAUCAUCCACAACGUCCAACAGAACGAUUCUGGUAAAAUAGAAUGCAGCAUCCAACUUGGUAUCCCCAACAGUUAUGCCUUUCUUUCUGUGCAAGUUAAUGGAUCUUUGUUCAUCAAAGAUCACAACUCAACAGUAAGAAAGAACGAAACAAUUGAAAUUGUUUGUGAAGCCUUAGGAUGGGCUCCAGCUCCAAACAUGACCUGGAUGAUAAACAACUCUUUUGUAGAUAAGUCCAGGUAUGUUACUAACCACAGUCAAGGAUCUAAUGAUCUUCACAAUGAAGUGAGCACCUUAACUUUGACUCUGAUGGCCAAUGAGACGCUGACUUGUUUAGCUUAUAUAGAGGCACUCCCUAAGCCCCAGAAUGCAACUGUAGCUCUUAUUGUGCAGGAUUCUCUUGCAGAAAAUGGUAACCAAGAAGACAGCACGCGGACACGGACUAUUAUACUUGCAGUCACACUGUCAAUUGGUUUUCUUCUUCUGAUCAUUAUUAUUUUUAUAAUAAUAUACUGCUGCCUAAAGAACAAAGAGUCCACCUAUCAAAAGGAGUUGAGAAAAGUUUCAACUAAGAAAACCAAUGAUGGUAGUGUGAAGACCAGGAGAAGCAGUGGUAAUGAAAAUUCUGGAUACAGUCCAGAGGACCCAGUGUACACAAACCAAAUGCCAAGAAUCGCCCCUCUUCCCCCAAUGGCUUCCAACUUUUAUCGCCCAGAUGAAGAUUUAGAAGUCAGUUCCCCAUCAGAG